AUGUCCGUCCUGGUAGCAGCUCCCGUGGCGCUGCUGGCACAGGGCUACAACGCCAUCUUCUUGGACGACAUCGACAGCGACACCCUCCAAGGCACCUUCAACAUCCCCAUCGAAGGUCCCCAUCGGAACAAGAUCAACUACACCUUAAACAAGUAUGAUCUCGUCGUCAUGGAUGAGGCCUCCAUGAUCUCUCCACGAAUCUUCCAAACCACGGCAUCCACAUUUAAUCAUCUAAACACACAUCCCGUCGUGCUACUAGCAGGCGAUGAAUGCAAACAACAGCCUUUGCAGACCAUAGACGGACGCAUCACCUCCACAACGUCAAUUAUCAAUGAUCACGUUUCCAUCCUCUAA